AUGGCUGCAGUUACCACCUCCCCUCCUCCGAUCAUCGCAUCGCCGACCUCCAACCGCCAGGACCUCCCGGACGACGGGCCCCGAAGCCCUAUUAAUGUCCCCGAUCUCGACAUGGCCGGUGGCCCCCGGCUGCGGGAUGCCCCCAUCUCCCCCGUGCGAGUAAAUUUCCAGGACGACACCUGGGCUCAGCCCUCGAAUGUCGAUAUCCAGCAUACACAGAUUCACGGCGCUCACGCCGAGCUCGUCGACCGCACUCGCGACCAGCCCUCGCCUCCGGCUUCCGCCCCUCCUCCUCCUCCUCACGCCGCCUACCUGCCGUCGAGCCCCCAGAGUCCUCGAGACUUCUUUGGAGCAAGCCCUGAAUUUCCCAACACAGAUGGGCCUCCCGUUCUGUCUUUCGAUCCCUCAUUUUCUCAGUCUCCCGUGUCCAGCCCAACCAAGAGCGUUCGCCCCGCCACAGAGGCACCCAUGCUGGCCACCUCGGGACCCGUCGCUGAUGGAUACGAGCCCAACAUGAUGAGCCCGAAAGAGAGAGUGCGCAAUCAAGACAUGUAUCGCAACAGCCGCGAGUCGGACGAGACGACCAGCACGAACCAGCAACCGGUAUCGGCCCAGUCAUCUGCCAACACCAGUGCCAGUUCGCUCUCAGGCAUCAAUGAGAAUGCCGAGUGCCAGACCAUUGGUGACUCGGCUGAAAGCUCUAUUAUUGAGGGUGACAUGUCUAGGGACCAGUCUGUUCCGCAAUUCCAGUACCACCACCAACGGGACUAUCCCGUUCGCGUUUCGAGCGUUCCCAACGACGAGCGAACAGGCUCAAACCCCGAUCUGGCUGAGAAUGCCUCAAACGUCAGGCGCCAUCUCACCCCCAACUCCAACAACUUUAGACGCAGCUCUGUACCUCGACCGCAAUCAGCAUACUCGGCUCUCUCCGACUUUGGCGGCCCCCGCGGUCGAUCUCCUGGACUCAUGCCUGGUGGUUCCCACAUGCGCUCGCCGUCUGGGACGCGCAAGUCCCCCGAUGUCCGACCCGCAUCGUAUGCCGAGCUUCUCAACGUGCCGUACCCCCAGCAAGCCCCAGCGCCGCUAGCUCUCGAUAACUCCAACUUGCGAACUGUUAUUGGCAACAAUGCCUCCCUCCUCAGCACCCAGAAGACGCUGGACAUGUAUCGUCUAAAUGUCAAGAAGACCAACGAUGUCUCUAUCCAGUAUUCGUUCGCAGUAUUCCUGAUUUCCACUGCCCAAGAACAGGGUCUCGACUUUACAGAUCCUAAGACGAGGAAAACUAGCCCUAAACCCCAGAAGGGACGCGAUAGCCCCACCGCCGAGGGCAGCGUCUCCAGCCCCUACGAGCUGGUGAAGGAAGCUCGUCAGAUCCUCCAGCGUCUUGCUAGCGGUGGAUAUCCUUUUGCCCAGUACUACCUUGCAGAUGGUUACGCGUCAGGUCUCUUUAACAAGGGCAAGGAGGAUUACAAUUCGGCCUUCCCCCUUUUCGUCCUGGCUGCGAAGCAUGGUCAUGCCGAAUCUGGAUACCGCACUGCGCUUUGCUAUGAAUUCGCUUGGGGCUGCCGCAAGGACCCCGCGAAGGCGGUACAGUUCCUGCGAACAGCGGCGUCAAAAGGACAUCCUGGAGCCAUGACACGUCUUGGAAAGGCCUGUCUGUCCGGCGACUUGGGUGAGAAGCGAUACCGAGAGGGUAUCAAGUGGCUGAAGUUGGCUACCGAGGCCGCUGAUGCUCAAUACAACGUGGCCCCAUACCAGCUCGGUUGCUUGUAUGAGACUGGAUACGGCGAUGAUGUCUUCAUGGAUGAUAGCUAUGCUGCGGAACUAUUCACGCAAGCUGCGGACCUGGGACAUCCCGAGGCGAAUUUCCGCUUGGGCGAUGCUUACGAGCAUGGCAAGCUCACAUGCCCUCGUGACCCGGCUCUAAGUGUACACUUUUACACUGGUGCUGCAGAGCGCGGUCAUGCAGGCGCCAUGAUGGGAUUGUGUGCCUGGUACAUGGUUGGCGCUGCCCCAAUCCUGGAGAAGGAUGAAGAGGAAGCCUAUGAAUGGGCUCGUCGAUCAGCAGAUCUAGGUUUCGUGAAAGCUGAGUAUGCCGUGGGCUACUUUACCGAGAUGGGUAUUGGAUGCCGGCGCGACAUCCUGGAGGCCAACGUUUGGUAUGUCAAGGCUGCUGAUGCUGGAGACGAACGAGCGAAGCAACGACUGGCCAUUAUCCAAGCCGCCGUUAGUGGCGAAGGCACCCCUAUGGAAGUUGUUGCGCCACGAAACGGCAAGAUCCAGAAGGGCCAGAAGGACGACAAGGACUGUAUUGUCAUGUGA